CUCCAGCUAUAGGACCAAAAAGGCACCCCAUACUAUGUUCACAGUUUCAAUCAUGAAGUUGGUUGUAAUAUGCCUUAUUGUUUUUUGUGUUGGCUUAUUUCAAGCUAAAYCCAUUGAAGAGCAUUUGGAGAAAGUAGGAGACAUGCUACUUAGCAAAGAUCAAAAGGAAUUUUACGACGRAUUAAAGAAAGAUCGUUCCCGUCGAGGCGCUAUGAAAGACGAAUACCUAUGGCCAGAUGGAAUAGUCUAUUAUACUUUUAAAUCUAAUUUAGGUGAUGAUGGUAAAGAGCUUGCCAGAGAUGCAAUGAAGCAUUGGACUGAUAGAACCUGCUUGAAGUUUGUGGAAAGAACCAAUCAACGUAAUUACGUAGAGUUCCAAGCCAGUGGGGGUUGUCAAGCACAGGUAGGAUAUGCAAGAAGACCUAAACAAUUCCUCUCAAUUGGUUACACCAAAAACUUUCUCUGCGAACGAGGCUCUGCAAUUCAUGAAAUUGGUCAUGCAAUCGGGUUCUUCCACGAGCACACACGCCAAGAUCGAGAUGACUACGUCACAGUCAAUACAGAAAACAUGAUUGACGAYGAUGAUGUUCGGCAAAACUUUGAAAAAGCUGACCCACGUUUUCUUGAUACCCGUGGGGAACCGUACGACUAUAACAGCAUUAUGCACUACUCACGAACACAGGCAAGCAAAAAUGGCAAGGAUGAAGUGUUGACCCCAACUGAUGAAAAUGCUGAAAUUGGUCAAAGAAACGGACUGAGUCAGGGAGAYAUCGACCAGGCAAAACUCAUGUACAAAUGCAAUGAUGAAAAUGARAGCGAUUUACAUUAUGACGAAAAGGACSAAAAGGACGAAAAGGAAGAAAACGAGGGGUCAAGUUCUAGUGGAGUGCGACCUGGAGUAAUUCUACAAUGAGAUUGAUUGCAGAAGCCAAGGCUCUUUCAAUUACCAAAUGUUUAGUGUUCUAAUACCCAAAUUGAAGUUUUAUGAUUAAAUUUACCAAUGGCAUGUAG